AUGAACGAGCAGCCGGCCAAAUUGGAAGUUGACGGUGAGCCAAUUUUCCUGAAACGACGCGUAAUCCCCUCUGACCAACGUGAAGGCGUGCUGCAGGCCCUUGAGAAAAUGAAGCGCGUUGGCGUAAUCACACGAGUCACAUCCAUUACGUGGGCAACGCCAAUUGCGAUCGCGAUCAAAAGUGACGGCAGAACUCCACGAAUUUGUGGCGAUUACCGGUUAAUCCUCAACCCGCGGUUGCGAAAGAGUGCGGCUACUACCAUGGAACCGGAGGAUAUCAUAAAAGCAUUCCAUGGCAGCACAUGCUUCUCGAAGAUCGACUUGACUGAUACGUACCUCCAGAUUCCUCUCGCCCCAGCCUGUCGGCAAUCCACCACCAUCAACACACCGUGGGGACUAUAUCAAUACAACUUCCUACCGUUUGGUCUCCACACAUCCUCAGGCAUAUUCCAGGCGGCUAUUGACGAAGUCAUUCGCGGACUCGAUGGCGUGCUAGCGUACCAUGACGUCAUUGUGUUUGGUACAACAAAGGCCGAGAAUGACGAUAGACUCCUCAAACUACUGGAGCGGUUCGCCCAAAAGAAUGUUUUGAUUCGCGCUUCUAAAUACAUGUUCAGUUCACCAGAAUUUGAAUUUUUGGGAUUCACAAUGAAUGCAAAAGGCUACCGUCCUGAUCCGAGUCGUUUCCGCCCACUGACUGAACUCGAAUAA